AUGGCGAGGUAUGACUAUGAGCCAAAAUAUGGCUUGGAGAAUUACACUAUGGUCUUCACUAUAGAGGAAACGUUCGAUCCUGUGGCUUCAACGACUUGGAUGCAGAAGAAUUGGCUACACUCUGUAUCGCUGUCUGUGGCCUACGUGGUGCUGAUUUAUGCUGGACAAAAGGUCGUUGUGACUUCUGAUAGAACAAACACUUCAUAUGCUUUUCGCAACAUUUCUUUGCAAUAUCGGCGUAAGCCGUUUGGUUUUGAUGUGCCACUUUUCUUGUGGAAUACAGGUCUGGCCUUAUUUUCGCUGCUUGGAUUUGUACGCAUGACACCGGAAUGGCUAUGGAGUUGGAAGGAGAACUCUUUCGUCUACUCAGUAUGUACCGCUUCUUACGCACAAGGAGUCACUGGAUUCUGGACAGAGCAAUUUGCGAUGAGCAAAGUUUUCGAAUUGCUGGACACUGCUUUCAUUGUGCUCCGUAAACGUCCACUUCUAUUUCUUCAUUGGUACCACCAUGUUACUGUCAUGAUCUUUACAUGGCAUGCGUAUAAGGAUCACACGGCUUCUGGACGUUGGUUUAUUUGGAUGAAUUACGGUGUCCAUGCAUUAAUGUACACCUACUAUGCUCUUCGGGCUUUGCGCUUGCGUCUGCCCAAAGCUAUUGCGAUGAUGGUCACUGUGCUGCAAAUUUCGCAGAUGAUCAUGGGUAUUGCUAUUGGCGUCACCGUCUAUAGAGUGAAGAAAUCUGGUGAACAAUGCCAACAGACAUGGGAGAACCUCGGGUUGUGCUUCCUCAUUUAUUUCACCUACUUCUUGCUAUUUUGUAAUUUCUUUUACCACGCUUAUCUGAAGAGGAACAACCGUUACGCCGUUGAGAAGAAACCGUCUUCUAAGGUCUACAACGCAAAAUUUUCAUACUUUCAGGUCGAUGGGAAUACUGCAGUUCAACACCUGAAAGAAGACAUUAACGCAAACAUCAACGGUACAGCAGUCAUGACAAAGAACGCUGUCAGAAGAAGAGUGCAGAGAGUCGACUAA